CAUAUUUACGGGAGUUCGAGAUGGCUUUGUGUGCCCGCAGCACUUAAAAGGCACCGAUAACCAGAGCCGGAAAAACAGGUUCUUUGAAAGCAGACAGCAGACAGAAGGAACAAAGAACUCUCGGAAUUCGAUGGUCUCGAGUCAGCAUUGACAACUUGGAAUAGUCAAUCAAGAUGUCCCUUUCGGGUCGGCUUGCGAUCGUCACCGGUGGAGGAAGUGGCAUCGGCAAAGCGGUCUGCCAUGCCCUGGCAGGAGAUGGGGCAACUGUCGUGGUGGCCGACAUCAACCUAGAAGCGGCGAAAGUAACUGCUGCUGAGCUGAAAGGCGAAGCUCACCGGGCUCUUCAUGUGGACGUCGGCGACUCCUCCUCUGUCGCUGCGCUCAUGAGCAGCGUCAGCUCCCGAUGCCGGACUCCCAUGAGCAUCGUGGUCAACUGCGCUGGCAUCGACAAGCAAUGCGCCGUCGUGGACAUGACAGAAGACGACUACGAUGAACUGCUGCGAGUGAAUCUUAAGGGCACCUUCCUCAUCAACCAGGCUGCUGUGAAGGCUAUGCUCAAGGAUAAGGUUCUCGAGGGCUCCAUUGUCAACAUAGCCAGCAUUUUCGGCAAGAGUGGGUACCCCUUCUUUGCCGCGUAUGCAGCCUCCAAGGGCGGCGUCACUGCGUUCACGAAGUCUCUGGCUCAAGAACUGGCCGGCACAAACAUCCGCGUGAACGCUCUACUGCCCGGACCAACUGACACUCCAAUGGCGGCUACUAAAUCUGAGCAGUUAAAAGAAGAGGUCGCCAGAAUCAUACCAAUGAAAAGGUUUGCUCGCGCUGAGGAAGUUGCUGACGUGGCUAAAUAUUUGUGUUCCCCUGGCAGCUCUUACAUUACGGGCACUAGCGUGGAAGUCGCCGGGGGAUGGCUCGCUUGAAACGGGGUUUUAUAUACCCAGAUACAUUUUUUGGGGCCAAUAAAACCGUGCGUAUUCGUU